AUGAAUGGGUUCACAUCGCACGACCUCGAUGAGGAUGCCUUUGGGGAAAAGUCCGGACUGCAGGGCGGUUUGAAGACUUUCGAUGCUUUCCCGAAAACAAAGGCUUCCUAUACCUCGCCAUCUCGUAGCGGAGGACAAUGGACCGUCCUCAUCCUGACUAUCUGCACCUUCUUCUCCUUUUCGGAAUUUCGCACCUGGCUUAAAGGCUCGGAAAGCCACCACUUCAGCGUCGAAAAGGGCGUCUCCCAUGAACUCCAACUCAACCUCGACAUGGUCGUCCAAAUGCCCUGUGAAGCGCUGCGCGUGAAUAUCCAGGAUGCCUCGGGCGACCGCAUUCUAGCCGGCGACCUGCUGACCAAGGAAGACACGAGCUGGAAGCUGUGGAUGGAUAAGCGCAACUAUGGCACCCAUGAAUACCAGACGCUGAACCAGGAGGAUACCGGUCGUUUGUCGGAGCAGGAGCAGGACGCGCAUGUUCACCACGUGCUUGGUGAAGUUCGCCGGAACCCGAAGAAGAAGUUCCCUCGUGGGCCUAGGCUGAGGUGGAGCGAUACCAAGGAUUCCUGUAGAAUUUAUGGUAGUCUGGAGGGCAACAAGGUCCAGGGAGACUUCCAUAUCACGGCGAGAGGACAUGGAUAUCAUGAGUUUGCGCCUCAUCUCGAUCAUGGUGCCUUCAACUUCACCCACAUGAUCACCGAGCUCUCUUUCGGCCCUCACUAUCCCACCAUCCUCAACCCUCUCGACAAAACAAUCGCUACCACCGAAGACCACUACUACAAAUACCAAUACUUCCUCUCGGUCGUGCCGACCAUCUACUCCCGCGGUAGCCACGCUCUGGACACCUACUCCAGCUCACCCCCCUCGCUGCACAACAACCCCAACAAGAAGAACCUCAUCUUCACGAACCAGUACGCCGCCACCAGCCAAUCGGACGCCCUCCCCGAGAGCCCGUACUUGAUCCCCGGUAUCUUCUUCAAGUAUAAUAUCGAGCCGAUUCUGCUGCUCAUCAGCGCAGAGCGGGGCAGUUUCUUGUCGUUGCUCAUUCGUCUCGUUAAUACCGUGUCUGGUGUUUUGGUGACUGGUGGUUGGCUUUAUCAGAUUGGGAACUGGGGUGUUGAGCUUGUGAAUCGGAGGAGACGAGGUGGAAAGUCGGAGGGUGUUCUCAAUGGCAGACAUUAUGCAGAUGAAUGA